UAAUAAACUAGUAAAAUAUAUUAGGACAUGUCCAAAUACUUUCUGCACUUCUUUUAAAAUGUCUUUACUGCACCGUUUACUGAAACACCGGUGUAAAAUACAAACAGACAUCUAAAGAAGAUGAACACCUGAACACGUAUUAGGGCCGUGUUUAUAUUUAAACGCAGCCGCUUUUGCGUCAUCAACCGUCGAUCGCGAGCUCCUACUUCCGGUUUGAAUUUGAGCGGGAACAGAACAGUAGCGCGCGUUCCGACGGAUACAGCAGCAUCAGGUGGUUGUGCAGAGGAAAGUAGAGUAAAUAAGUAGGAUUAGAAGUGUGUUGAAGGAGACGUGUGAAGAUGUCUGGUGGGCUCACUCUCCCCUGUCCCGUACUCUUGGGUUUUGUUAAAAGUGGAGGUGUGGGGGCCGAACUGCACCGCUACACCCGGGAGAAAAACCUGCACAAUGUGGAGAAACUCCUGAAGCAAGGUGUGGACGUGGACUGUGUAAAUAACCUGCACCAGACGUCUCUGUAUUGCGCGUCUCUGCUGGGCUUCACCUCUGUGGCUGAGCUUCUCCUUCGGUUCGGCGCCGAUCCCAAUCACCGCAGUAAUGAUAGGAGCACUCCGGUCCACGCCGCUGCCUUCUCCUGUAACACAGACCUGCUCAGGAGGCUGCUGGAGGCAGGAGGAGAUUUGCGACUACAUGACAAUAAGGGCAAGACAGCGAGAGACUGGGCUGAGUGCGAAGCUCAGGAGGGCAGCGUUAAGAUGAUCAGUUUUAUUUCGAGCUGCAUGUCUGUCACGAGGAGUCUGUCCGAGUCGCAGUCGCUCAGAGAAAGAGACGUCACUCUGACUUCCUCCAAGACUCUUCUGGACUUCAUCAGACCGUUUUGUAGGGCCUCUGACAUGGUUUUUAACAAGAAAAUAACCUCGAAGACGUUCGUGUCUGAUACCAUCCUGUGCCUCGGUUAUGAAAAGUUAUGCGUGGAGAAGUUAGGAACGUCUGUGGGAGCUUUGGCAUCUGUACCUUUUAUACCAGAAUCAGAGUUAUUGCAGGCUGAUGAUGAAGCUCUGCACUCUUUCACCUGUGGAACCUUCACGAAAAUGACCAACUACAGUUGGAGAGGAAUUCGGAUAACGUUAAAGGAGCUACAGGUGAACAACCCCCACCCAGACGAUAAGCAACAUUACUACCACGACCUGCUCAUCACCGAGCUCAACUUCUGCUGUCGACUGUUCCAUCCACACCUUCUGCAGCUGAUGGCUGUGAUUUUCACUAAUGAAUUGCAGCAGAACAAACUGGUGUACGAGAGAGUGCAUGUGGGAUCACUUUACCACCUGCUGUACCAUAGGAGAGCGGAGUUUCCCAUCCUCCGGGCGUAUGAGGUUUUGUCACUGAUCCUCCAGGUGUGUGAAGCUCUGUUCUACCUGCACAGCCGAUCUCUGGUGUUGCGCUCCCUCUGCUCUCACUCGGUUGUUAUCGUCCACCCAGGGGUCGCUAAGGUUACAGGCCUCGGCUUCAUGGGGCCCAGUGACUGCAGUCCCUUUUCUACUCCACCCAUUCCUGAGAUGCUGUAUAACUGGGCGGCUCCUGAAGUAAUCAGGAACAAAGCAUGUUCAGAAAAGGCUGAUCUCUACAGUGUCUGUGCUCUGAUACAGGAGCUGUACACUGAUGCAGUUCCGUGGGGUUCGGUGAAUCCAGACUGGAUAAAGCAGGCUGUAGACGCGGGUCAGGCUCUGUGUGCAGAUUCAGCAGUGCCACAGCCGUAUUAUGACCUGGUGCUGAUUGGACUGCAACCUAAGGCUCAUGAGAGAACUUGCAGCCUCCAGGAUCUGCGAUUCUUACUGCGCUCUAACCUCAGGGAGCUGAGUAAGAGAGAGGAGAGGAGGGAAGGGUGCCCCCUACCGGCCAGUUCGAGUACUUACACACUGAACACAGCACUUGAGCAGAACUGGGACCCUCAGCAACCAGAUGAGCAGCAGGUGGUAGAUCAGGACAUUCUGGAUUAUCCAGACAUGAAUGACCGUCAUGCAGAGAUUCAAUCUUCCUUCUCCAACCACAUCAGCAACAUCGUCCUGAACCUGAAAGUGUGUAAGGUGCUGGUGCAGGAGACAGAGCCCUGCUUAGCAGUCAUUGAAUCCCGGAUGAAGGGAAGCGCGUGCCCCAGCGGCCCGGGGUUUGACGAGCCAGACGGGAUGAAGAAGCGUAGAGAGGAACUGGAGGUGAUGCCUAAGCCAGUGGGCCCUCCCUCUAAAUACUGUGACAGUUUCAGGAUGUAUCAGUCCUCUGAAGAGUGCAGGUCACAGGAGCUGAAGAAAAAACACCAGUCUGAACACACCUGGACCAGUGAGGUGAGUACAUCAGUGGCUCGGGGUUUCCUGGGUGCUGCGGCAGGGGCUCUGGGGGGAAGCAGUGACAGUGAGGAGGUGCAGGAGGAUGCACAGCUGGAGCAGCUGUUCAAGAGCUUUGCAGGUGUGGAGAGUGAGAGUGAGGAGAGUACAGCUUUCCACACCAUCAUUCUGCACGAGGCCAAAGGUCAACACCAGAUGUUUGAUUCAGAUGAAGAUGAAGACCCAGGCGUGACGAUGGAGGUGUGUCGCCCCUACAUGACAGCGGAGAGCUUAUUUGGAGAGUCCUUCUCUUCACCAGAGGAGUCUCAGCACACUGAAGCUGAAUCAGUUCUGCCCUCUGCACACACCACCAGCAGUCACACAGAAGAUAUAGCUGAUCUUUCCAGCAUCACCUGUUCACCUGCACAGCUCUAUGAGCAGGCAGGGCAGAUUGGAGCUCAGCCCCGCCCCCGCAGCACAGACGUUGCCCCAUGCAACAGCACCCCUCGCAGCCCCCACACACACAGGUCGGAUAUGUAGCGCCCCCUGCAAGGAGGUGUGUGUUUCCACACUCAUCCCUCACCUGCAGUAUCUGAUGGAGACGUCUCCGUGGGGCAGUGCAGAGUCUGUGUCUGACAGCCAGAGCUACAAUACGGCCAGACCGGAUCACACU